CUCUGGCCAGUUACCUGAUUCACACUGUCUCAGUCGCAAUUAUGGCGAGGACGCUGGUUUUCGCGUUGUUGUUGGUAGCAUCAUGUUGUUUUGUCAACUCGCAAGGAAAGUCGCCAACCAAGACUGGCAAGGAACAUUUGGUUAAAGUUAUGAAGGGGCAUAAGCACGGAAACAAAUCACAGCACAUGACCGACGCGGCAAAGGUGGCAGAGGUCGUUGAGGCCCUACCGAAGAAUCACAAAGAAAGACCCGAAAUAGCUGACAAUGCGGCUGGGAAUUUCUACAUAGGUACUGGUAUCGGCGACAUCACUGGCCCCGCUGCCAAUGUGAACAUGAUGGGUUAUGCCAAUCCUACUCAGGUUACGGGCGGCAUUCACCUACGGCUGUACAGUAGGGCUUAUAUUAUUGCUGAUAAGACUGAUGAAACCCAAAGAAUAUUAUUUGUAAGUGCUGAUAUGGCCAUGGGGUCACAGUUGGUCAAACUGGAGGUAUUGAAUAGGUUGCGAACUAUGUACGAUGAUCUUUAUACAGCAGAGAAUUUCUGUUUAAGUGGAACACACACUCAUUCUGGUCCCGGUGGAUAUCAACAAUUCGUACUGUUUGAUAUCACGUCAUUGGGAUUCGUCAAAGAGAACUUUGAAGCCAUUGUGCAAGGUAUUGUCAAGAGUGUACAACAUGCACACAGUAAACUUACAUUGGGGGAUAUCUUCAUAAAUAAAGGUGAUGUCAUGAUGAGCAACAUCAACCGAAGUCCAACGGCUUAUCUCAACAAUCCCGCUGAUGAACGAAAUAAGUAUCAAUAUAAUGUUGAUAAGGAAAUGGUGCUGAUCAAAAUGGCUGGUACAGAUGGCAAAGAUUUAGGAAUGAUCAACUGGUUUUCAGUUCACGGCACCAGUAUGAACAACACAAACCAUUUAAUCAGCGGAGACAACAAAGGUUAUGCUUCAUAUAUGUUUGAACAGUUAUUGAAUCCCAAUACCAGACCUGGACAGGGUUCUUUUGUAGCUGCAUUCGCUCAGACCAGCGAGGGAGAUGUCUCGCCUAAUACCAAAGGACCACAUUGUUUAGAUACAGGGUUACCUUGCGAUGUGGAAACAAGUACAUGCAACGGAAAGACUGAAAACUGUGUUGCGUUUGGUCCUGGUGAAGAUAUGAGAGAAAGUACACAUAUUAUUGGAACUCAUCAAUUCAGUAAUGCCUGGGACUUGUAUCAUAGUGCAACAAAACAGCUGUCAGGUAAAGUUGCAUAUCGACAUCAAUAUGUAAACAUGUCUGAUUAUACAGUAUAUCUGAAUAGCUCUACAAAGGUGAAAACUUGCAAGCCGUCUUUGGGUUAUAGUUUUGCUGCUGGCACCACUGAUGGACCUGGAGCUUUUGACUUCACACAAG